AUGGGUAUUAAGAAGUUCUUCAAGAUCAAGCCACCUCCAGAGGCUACCCCCGAAGAAAACCGUGAAUAUUUGAACGAGUUAGGAAUUUCCACCAAGACUACACCAUCAAAUAGAAGAGAAAAGUUUGCCGCAUAUGGGAAGUUUGCUAACGAUAAGGUCAAAAGUAAGGUCUAUGCACCAGAAGGAUAUGAACAAUAUGCGAAUCCUGGAGCUCAGCCUUCUGAGCGACAGCAGUUGGAUGAUUUGAACAACUCUCCUUACGAUGAAGUCUCCAUGAUUAACAAUAGAAACGCUUCUGCCAGCGCUCGACACACGGGCAACUACGUUGAUCCAUAUAGCAAUGAUAAUGCAUCUCCGUAUGGGAACAGUGAUUCCUCUCCCUAUGGAAAUGCAAGUGCUUCUCCAUAUGAUACCGGUUACAACGCGCCACUGCAGCAGAACAAUAACCCGUAUGGAUCAAUGAAUAAUAGCUACAGCAACAAAAGCUAUGGCAGUAACAGCUAUAGUGGUGAUACAUACGCAAGUCCGUCUCCGCAGGCAUCUAGCAGCAAUAAUAAUGGUGCUACCGGUCAGAGACCUAGUAACCCUUAUGCUAACAUGAACAGUCAGGAUCCGUAUGGAACAAAUUCGUAUUCAAAUUCUGGUAGCGUGAAUGCAUAUAAGGGCUUUACUCCAAAUGUGGCGGCUUCUGAUGUUUCAAGUAGAUCUUAUGCCUCACCUCGUCACUCUACAUCUGCAACCAGAUCAAACGACCGUGAAUUUAAUUUCGAACGGUCCGGAGCUGAUGACGAAAUAGAUCUCAAUGAGACAAUUAGGCCAGAAAUUGAUAAUCCUAAGGGAGUUCAACGCAAUGGCAACGGUGAUGAUGAUGAUUUAAACAAUUCCAUUCAUGAGAACGAGGGUAUUGGGACCCCUGCAAAGGGUUAUCAGACAUUUGAAGAUAUUCAAAAAGAAAGUCAGCGUGCUGAACAACAAGAAGAAGAUGAAGAAGUAGAUGGGAUCAAGCAACAGAUCAAAUUUACAAAACAGAGUUCAGUUGCCAGUACGAGAAACACGCUAAAGAUGGCACAGGAUGCUGAAUUAGCUGGUAUGAAUACCAUCGGUAUGUUAGGACAUCAAUCGGAGAAAUUGAACAAUGUGGAAAGAAACCUGAAUUUAAUGCAAAUCCAGAACAGAGUUGCCGAUGAUAAAGUGAGUGAAUUGAAGAAGUUAAACCGGAACAUUUUAGCGGUCCAUGUAUCGAAUCCGUUCCAUAGUAAGAGACGUGCACGCGAAGCGGAAGAUAAGAUAAAGUUACAAAGGAUGCAGGACAAACAAAACCAAGAGGAUAUCACGUCGACGUUACACCAAAGUACGAAACGUAUCGAGAAUGCCAUGUCGAGUGGACAUGGUCCAUCUGAAGUUCGUGAUCGGUACCAGAACCAGCAGAUCUUAGAGAAGGCUAAAAGGUAUCAGUUCGAGAACGACGAAGAAGAUGAUGAAAUGGAAAUGGAAAUCGACAAGAACUUGGAUAAGAUUGGACAAAUCAGUGGUAGGUUAAAGAAACUUGCGAUUACCACUGGUAAGGAGAUAGAUUCUCAACAAGAUCGGAUCAAGCGGAUUGAGGAGAGCACCGAUGAUUUGGAUAUCAAGAUCCAUGUGAACACGACUAGGUUAACCAAUAUAAGAUGA